CCGCACACCUAGUGACUUACAGGACAUCCACCAUGAACCACUUUUGGGCAUCGUCGUUGAUGCUCUUCGCAGUCGUGCAAUACUCGGCCGUCGCGUUCAAAAUACCAGGGCUGUCGUCCAGCAGCAGCAGCAUUAACCGAACACCACCAGUCAGAGGACCCGCGAACAAUGGUGGAGGCCACAGAGGACCGGAAUCUGAGUACAUGGGGCCGGUGUUCAUAAUCAGAGAGCUGGACAAGGACAAGGGCGAGUACGACGCGUUCGUGACGACCGGCGGCAUACAAGAGGUGAGGCCGCCGCCGAUGAGCGAUAGGUCUCUGCCACCGCAGAAUGGCAAACCGUCGGCGGCCAGGGACGACGAGGACGCCGAGCACUUCGGCGUGCUGGUCACGCCCGAAACUGUCAAGCGGCUGGACCGUGACGAAAAGCUGAGGGCGUCGUUCAUUAAUGUGACAAUGACUGUGCUCCUGACGGCCGCUUCAUCGCGGAUGCCGUGGCUGUUGGUCCUGCACCGCAAACAGUAUCCGCACUUGUUCGAGUACCAGCAACAGCAGCCSCUGCAACACCAGUACCAGGCCCACUCACCGCAGCAGCAACAGCACCAGCCUCACCAACAACAGCAGCCACAACAGUACCAGCAACAGAUGCCGCAGUUCCUUCAACCAGUGCAGUCCGACGCGGCUCCGAUCGACAGCGGCGUCCCUGGGCUCCAGCACCCGCAGAUCCCACAGCGUCGUCGGUACCAGACGGACAGGCAGCGCCGCACUAUAUCAUACUCAUCGCCCGACGACAGCCGAACGCCGAUGACGAUCCAACAUCAAUUGCAAAACGAACUUCUUUCCACCAUGUGCUACAACUUCUUCUGGGACAUUUAUUCUUCACCGAUACGGCAAACUUCCUCCGCCGAACAGUCCCCCAGGKUGCCGAUCACCCUGGCCAACAACGAAAACGUCCCUGGCGAAGACCGACGCGACCGGGAGCGAGAGGGGGAACCGGAACAGUACGACCGAUAUCGGAAAGACUUCUACUUGGACGCCGACGCUUACGCGGCCGCGGCCACGGCCCCAUUGGGUCGCGGGCAACAUAUGCCGCAACCUUUACCAUUGACAUCGACCACGGUCCAGCCGGAGGAACAGUCCAACGGCGUCGUCGCUGGAAUGGAGAUCCCAAAACGCGUUUCCUAGAUUCGGACCACUGGCCGCGGUGGCGCGGCGCUUCUCUAAUAGUUUAUGAUUUUCUGUUUUUCCUCGUAGCCGGUAGCGUUCUGCCAGAAAUCGCCUCGUUGGUACGCAUGUCGUUCAUACUCAACCGCUGUGCGUUCACAUAUUAUCAGCUGUUUUUCGCUUAUUUUUUUCUAUUUCAUUAUUUAUCACUUUACGAUCGAUAAUCAUUGUAUUAUUAUACCAUCGAUCGUUAUUUUCGACAAUAUUACUUUCAUAUUAUAUUCUAAUUAUUGUAUAACGCACGAAUAUAUAAUGUAUUUAAUAUUAUAACCAUUAAAAGCUAUAAAUAA